AUGGAGUUUCGGACAAGGCAUUUAUCAAUGUUUGAUACCAUUGAAGGUUUCUUACAAAGUCAGAAUAACCUCAUGCCUAUUAGGUACUCUUAUUGGAACAUUAAGAUGAUGACCAAAGGUUUCAAGGACAAGUUGGGGGAAGGAGGCUUUGGUUGUGUAUACAAAGGAAAACUUCGGAGUGAUCAUAUUGUGGCAAUAAAGAUAUUAAAUAAGCCCAAAGCUAAUGGCCAAGAUUUCAUCAAUGAAGUUGCUACCAUUGGAAGAAUUCAUCAUGUCAAUGUGGUACAACUAAUCGGAUUUUGUGCUGACAGAUCUAAGCGUGCUCUUGUCUAUGACUUCAUGCCUAAUGGGUCUCUUGAAAAGUACAUUUUUUCCCAAGAAGCAAAUAUGUCCUUGAGUUGCAAGCAAAUGUAUGAGAUUUCUCUUGGCGUGGCCCAUGGGAUUGAAUAUUUGCAUCGGGGUUGUGAUAUGCAAAUUUUACAUUUCGACAUCAAGCCUCACAACAUUCUUUUAGAUGAGAAUUUCACUCCAAAAGUUUCCGACUUUGGGCUUGCGAAAUUGUAUCCAACAGAUAAUAGCAUUGUGUAUGUGACUGCAGCAAGAGGAACAAUGGGCUACAUGGCUCCAGAAUUGUUCUACAAAAACAUUGGACGUGUUUCCUACAAAGUUGAUGUUUAUAGUUUCGGAAUGUUGUUGAUGGAAAUGGCAGGUAGAAGGAGAAACUUGAAUGCAUUUCCUGAUCAUGCAAGCCAAAUUUACUUCCCUUCUUGGGUUUAUGACCAAUUUAAAGAAGGGAAGGACGUGGAAAUGGGAGAGAGCACAGAGGAAGAAAGGCAGAUGAUAAGAAAAAUGAUAAUAACAGCAUUAUGGUGCAUACAAAUGAAGCCUGAUGAUCGUCCUGCAAUGAAUAAAGUUGUAGAAAUGCUUGAAGGAAAUAUUGAACUUGUGCAAAUGCCUCCGAAGCCUUUCCUAACUCCUCAAGAGAUGCCAACUGAAGAUAACUGAAUGAACCCCUUUCCUAACUCCAAUAAUUUAGAAUGAUAAAUGUUGUACUAUAUUAAGGAGGGGUGCACGGAACCUCACAAUAAUAAAUAAGGCAGUAAAUCUUCUUCCAGACAUGAUUGUUUCAUAAAUUUAUAUCCUCCAUAUAAAAUAGUAAAAUUUCAAUAAAUUUGUUUUGCAGUGUAAUGAAAUCUAACUUGGUUUGGCACUAUUUAGCAGAAAAAUGCUCAAACAAUGCUCAGGAGAAAUGUUCAAACAAAAUAUAUAAAUUUAUAUAUUUAUUAUGUAUAAUAUAACAUUUAUUUCAAAAGUUUGAAUGUAGAUUAAUGCUUAUAAAUCUGUAUUAGUUUUAUU